UAACAAUUUUUGUUGUCAAUAAAUAAAAACCUGCAGAAACUGCUGCCCAUAAGUCAUAGAGGUUUCGUUUUUUCAAGGACAUUACUAUUUAGAUACCCCGAUUGGUUGGCUGCUACCAGUUUAAUCUGCCAGCAACUGGCUGUUCCUUUAUUAAGUGUUCCUCUAAACGGUGACCGUCGUACGUUUCACUCGACGGAAUCAGCUAUGAACGACAUAAGCAACAUCCACUAUGGGCCACUUCCGGCAGAUUCGCCGUACGUGAAACCUUUCCGCUUCUACUACACCCAGAACGGAAAGGAGAAGAAUUGGGAUUUGCUGAAGGUUCAUGAUUCCGUAUCGAUCAUUAUAUUCAACAGCACUCGGCAGAAGUUGGUUUUUGUGAAGCAAUUUCGACCAGCUGUGUAUCACGGGCUUGUCAGCGUGGAGGCUGGAUCCGAAGGAAAAUCCAUCGAUAUGAACAAGUUUCCUCCGAGCCUGGCCGUAACACUGGAGCUUUGUGCAGGAAUCAUUGACAAGCCCAUUCCGGUGGCUGAAAUUGCCCGAGAGGAGGUCCUGGAGGAAUGUGGCUACAAUGUACCAGUCGCACGGCUAGAAGAGAUUAUGAGCUACCGUUCGGGAGUGGGAACUUCGGGAGCCCUACAGACCCUGUUCUACGUGGAAGUUACCGAUGCGGAUAAAAUUCCGACUGGAGGUGGUGGCGUUGACGACGAGAUUAUCGAGGUCGUCGAAUACAGCAUAGAGGAGGCCCGGAAGCUUACCGAGAAAGGAGUAGUUCUGACGAGCCCGCCGUCUUUUUUGUUCGGUGUUCUUUGGUUUCUGACCAAUCGAGCGCCCAAGGCUUAGGUGAGAAAUUUAACGGAUAGGUACGUAGUUGUGUUUACUGUAUGUAUAUAGAGGCCUUGAAGGUUCAUAACAGUCCUUCGAUAUUCUGGAUGUGAUUAUCAUGGAAAUACAACCAAAACGACAAAA